UCUGUUAUUAUGUGUGAAAAUAAACUGAACUAAAACUAAAGUAUUGGUCUGAACCGGCCCAUAUGGACCGGUACUACAAAGCGGACAGUCGGGGGUUAAACUGGAUUGAAAUCAGACGGCAGCGAAUCGUGUUGCAUCGAUGAGCUCUGUUGUGACUUUUUACCGUUCGAAUAAAGUGAAUUUAACGGAUGUGAAAAGCUGCUGAAAUAUAACAAAAUAAUUAUUUUCUUAACUUUAUUUCAAACUCAGCCGGAAAGUGAUUAUUAUUAAAAAUAAUCAUCAGUAACUUCUUAAAAAUGUGAUCAAAUUAUUUGAUAAAUUGAAUUCAAUACAAUUUUAUAUAAAUAAACUUAAAAAUAUGUAAUUGAUUAAAACAAACAUGAACGCGGUCAUCUUCAGCGUAUCCAUGGUUACUUUUCUUAUUUAAAUCAAACCUCUCAAUCUGAUCUGAUGCCAUGUUUUUAUUCUGAUUCUGCUCUUAAUCUGAUUAAAAGUAAUCCAUGUAAACACAGCUGCUGUUUGAGACUGACGUCGUAAACCAGAGGCUGACGGGAUAAUCCAUUUCCUCUAAUAUUUAUCUUUCCACAUUGAGCAGCAGCUCUCCAGACUGAAGUUAGUAAAGCUCUAAGCAAACGUUGCUCGGCUUGUUAGUGGGAGGUUAUGAAUGCUGAUGUGUUUCCUCUACACAAGACUUUUGUUUGCAUGUUUCGAUCCCACAGAUGCAGCAUGGAGAAAGUCAGGAGGAUCCUGGUUUAUGUUUGCAAAGAGCGAGCAGCUCCACAGCGGGCCCAGUUUGUCCAGCUGAGAAAUGGUCAUGUUUUUUCUGGUCACGUCUCAGAGUGUAACCGGCCUUUUCACCGACAGCGAUGAGGAUGAGGUGGAGGUGAGCUGCUGGCUGGGAAAGAACCAGUUCAUCCUCUCUGGAGGAAACGAAGGGAAGCGGGUUCCUCUGAAGAGACCGUCCUUCUGUCCCAUCAAACACCUGUCAGCCUCGGAGGCGGCUGCCAUCCCAUUGGACGUUCAGCAGCGUGGCGUGGAUGUGGGCGUGUCCAUCCUCCUGCAGACGGCCAAUCGGAGGCUGCUGCUGACGCGACGAGCGCAGCAGCUCCGGAUAUUCCCCAACGUCUGGGUUCCUCCAGGUGGUCACGUGGAGCCCGAUGAAACCCUGCUGGAAGCGGGGCUGCGGGAGUUAGAAGAGGAAACUGGACUCAAACUGCAGCCAGAGGAAGUUUCUCCAGGAAUUCUGGGACUGUGGGAGUCUGUGUUUCCUCCCAUGCUGUCCCGAGGACUUCCUCAGAGACAUCACGUCGUGGUCUACAUGCUGCUGCACUCCCCCCUCACACACCUGCAGCUGCAGCCGUCUCUGAGUCCUUCGCCUGCUGAGGUCAGCGCCUGUGUGUGGGUGGACAGCCGGCUGGCCCGAGCCGUGGUGUCCGCCAUGGACGGCGAGGACGGAGAAGCUCACCUGGACGCCGAGCUGCCGAGCAGCUUCAGUGUGUCUCAGGUGUCUGCAGACGGAUCUCUGACGGAGUCUUCGCUGCCGCAGGCGGUCUUCAUCACCCGGGCGCCCAGCAGCGGCCCGGACGUGGAGCGGGUCAGUACUGGAACCAAGUACGCCCUGAAGCUGUGGCUGAGGAGUCUGGAUACCCCAGAAACCUGAACCCAUCCCUCCCUGCAGGCAUGGGGGGGGGGAGAAAUGAUGCGGCUGUAACUUUACCUGCUGCCCAUCCUGACGUGGAUUCACCAGUAAACACUAGAAAUGAGAUUAUCCUCCUCCAUCCACCAGGUGGCAGCGCAGGGAAAACUGUUUCUGUAUCAGCCUGACUAAUCAGUUUUACAUCAUCCAUCCUCUCUGGACUCAGCUGAGUCUAAAUCUUCAAAAUUAUUCAAAUAAAAUCUUUCAUGUUUUCUUUUUCUGUCA